CAUGCACGCAAAAACACACACCAUCCAGCAACAGAUAGCUCAGUGAAGUGACUGAGUGGAGAUCAGUGCAAGGUUAUCUGCUGCUACAAAGGGAGGACCUCACUGUGACCGUGGGAGUGACCACAUUCAUCAGCUCAUUCUUCAAGCAGUAGGUUUAAGGACUUACAGCAAGCACACAAGUCUGCCGCAGCUAACCAACCAGGAAAAUGUCUGAGCGACUGAUUGACUUGGAAGAGUCCGCGACCCAAACAGGCCCCAAAGGGGUGAUCAAUGACUGGAGGAGGUUUAAGUUGGAAAGCAUGGAACAAGAAAACUUGAAUCCUGCAAAAAAGGAACUGCUGAGACAAAUGUCAUCCCCCAGCAAAGCAAAAGAUGCCUCCAGAGGAAACCUUAACCGCAAGAUGAGUGUCCAAGAGUAUGAACUGCUUAAGGAGGAGGAUGAAGGAUGUCUAAAGAGCUACAGAAAGCGGUGCAUGCAAGAGAUGCAUGACAAGCUCAGCUUUGGGCCAAGGUUUGAAGGCGUGUACGACCUGGACAGUGGAGAGGCUUUCCUAGAAGUUAUUGAAAAGGAGCAUCACAGCACGGUCGUGGUUGUGCACAUCUACAAGGAUGGGAUUAAAGGCUGCGAGGCACUCAACAGCUGCCUUGACUGCCUGGCCACUGAGUAUCCCACCGUAAAGUUCUGCAGGAUUGACGCCGUCGCCUCCGGUGCCGCCGAGCGCUUCUCGGAUGAAUAUUUACCCACGCUGCUCGUGUACAAAGCCGGAGAGCUACUGGGAAACUUCCUGGCCUGCACACAGCAUCUAAAUGAGGAAUUCUUUGCUACUGACGUGGAGGGUUUCCUCAACAGCUACGGCCUGUUGCCAGAGAAAGAGCUGCCUCAGAUGGAAGACGACGAAGAGAACGACAUCGAGUAAACGAAGAGUUUGGCUGCUGAUGAAGAACCAAAGGAAGAAAGAUCAAAGAAAGACAGUUACAUUAAAAUAUGAAAAUAUUGAGCUGGGUUUCAAUAAAUAGGCAAGAGUAACAUCUCCACCAGCGCUCUAGUGUUUUGGGAUUGUUGUCUAAAGGAAAAGAUGACGAAACAUCAGUGACCCAGAUAUGGGUGCUUCAGAAUAUGGGCGAGACAGUUACAGUAAUGUGAGGAGAGCAGCUUUUAUUAAUACAAUAUAUAUAAAUAUAUAUAUUUAGAGAGAGAGCACAACUCCCCUCACCACUACUCCGAUACAAGCCAAAACUGUAACACUGACUC